ACUUUAUUCAGUUGACAGCAAGUAGGAGGGCUCUAUGGCAGGGGAAAAAAAGACAACACGAGAAAAAUUAGUAUUUUCUACCUUCAGAAAUUAAUGGCCAUGAGUUCGUAUAUGGUGAACUCCAAGUAUGUGGAUCCCAAAUUUCCUCCUUGCGAGGAAUAUUUGCAGAAUAGCUAUCUAGGCGAGCAGGGGGCCGAGUACUACAGUGCCUCGCAGGGCUCUGAUUUCCAGCACCAGGGACUCUACCCACGGUCAAACUACAGCGAGCAGCCCUUUAGCUGUAGCAAUGCCCAAGGCUCUGCCGUGCAGCCGCGGGGUCACGGACAGGAGCAAUCCGGCCCAGCGAGCCACUUCCCCGGCCAAGCCGAGCAUUGUCCACCGCCUCCAAUGCCCAACCCGCGAGCCUGCAGCCAGCAGCCGGCCCUCAAAGCCCCAAACGGGUCAGCACUUAAGCAGCCAGCAGUAGUUUACCCCUGGAUGAAGAAAGUCCAUGUUAACUCGGUGAAUCCCAAUUACAACGGAGGGGAACCUAAACGCUCCCGCACAGCUUACACCAGACAGCAAGUCCUAGAACUGGAAAAAGAAUUUCAUUUUAACAGGUACCUGACCAGGCGCCGCCGUAUCGAGAUAGCCCACACUUUGUGUCUCUCUGAGCGCCAGAUCAAGAUCUGGUUUCAGAACAGAAGAAUGAAGUGGAAAAAAGAUCACAAACUGCCCAACACGAAGGGCAGGUCUUCUUCCUCUGGUUCAAACCCCCAUUUACAGACUGGUUCCAAGGACCAUCAGACUGACUUGACAACUUUGUAG